AUGAUUGGUUUUGAACAAUUUAAAAUCAUUUCAUGGAACAUUCGAGGGGCUAGAAGUGGAAACAGUAAAGUUUUCAUGAAGGAACUUGUGAGGUGCCAUAAGCCGGAUUUAAUCCUGCUCAUGGAAACUAAGUGUCAAUUCAGAAGUGUGCAUGCUUUUUGGAAUUCUUUGGGCUAUGGUCCUGGUUUCAUUUCAGAAGCAGUUGGAUUCAGCGGUGGUAUAUGGGUACUCACUAGUAUUAACUCGGGAGUAUCCUUUCGCCUCCUAGAUAUGCAUAACCAGGUCAUUUCCUUUGAAGUAUGGAGGGCUAAUUUAUCCUGGGUUUGCAGUGCAGUUUAUGCCUCUCCUAACCCCAGUAGAAGAGAUCUCCUGUGGUCUCACUUGAACAACUUGAGGAACUCCAUUACUGCUCCUUGGCUCCUAGUGGGAGACUUCAACGAAAUCCUCCUCCCCUCGGAGGUGCGUGGGGGCAAUUUCCUCCAAAAUAGAGCAGCACGGUACCAAUCAGAUCAUGUCCCCCUCCUCAUUCACUGUGGACCUAUGAUGCAAGGUGCAAAUGAUAGACCCUUCAGAUUCUUGGCGGCUUGGGCGGAGCACCCUGAGUAUGAAACUGUGGUGAAGAAUGCUUGGAGGAGUAGUGAUGAGGACAUCCAAGUCAAGCUGAACCGCCUUAGCAAUGAUUCCCAAACGUUUAAUAAAGAUGUUUUUGGAAAUAUCUUCAGGAGGAAGCGUAGAGUGGAGGCGAGACUAAAAGGGAUCCAAAGAGCUUUAGACCAGCAGGUCUCCUCAGAUUUGGUACGCUUGGAAGCUGAACUUCAGAAGGAACUGAGGGACGUGUUAAAACAUGAAGAACUCCUUUGGUACCAAAAAGCGCAGGGUAAUAGGAUUCGCUUUGGAGAUCGCAAUACGUCCUACUUCCAUGCUCAUACAGUGAUCCGCAGGAGAAGAAAUAACAUUCACAGGCUCAAGCUCAAUGAUGGCUCUUGGUGUACAGAUCAGCAAACCCUAGCAAAUGAGAUCAGAAACUACUUCUCCACUCUCUUCAGCGCCAUUCCCCUGGACACCGGUGCUGGCCUUUUGCAUUCAGUGGUGCCUCGUCUCUCCCCAGCUGCUAGGGAGUCGUUAGUUCUUCCCGUUGACAAGGAUGAGGUAUACAAAGCUUUAAUGUCCAUGCGUUCUUUCUCUGCUCCAGGGCCUGAUGGUUUUCAACCAAUCUUCUAUAAACGGUUCUGGAACACAGUUGGUGAUGCUCUGUGGAACCUGGUAAAAGUGGCAAUUGAGGAAGGUAGAGUUGAUGAGAAUCUCAUGAAAAUCCUGGUGGUUCUCAUUCCCAAAGUGGACUUCCCCUCAUCUGUGAAAGAAUUCCGCCCCAUAAGUCUCUGCAAUGUUACUUAUAAACUUAUUACCAAAGUGCUUGUCAAUAGAAUGAGACCCUUCUUGAAUGGGAUAGUGAGCCCUAUGCAAAACAGCUUCUUACCUGGGAGAGGUACGAUGGAUAAUGCUUUCCUCGCCCAAGAGAUAGUUCAUAUGAUAGAGAAAUCUAUGGCUAAAGAGGGUAGCCUUGCUUUCAAGAUAGAUCUUGAGAAAGCCUAUGACAGUGUCGAUUGGAACUUCUUGAAGGAAACUCUCCUUCUCUAUGGCUUCCCAUUGAUGACAGUGAAUCUUAUCAUGCGUUGUGUCUCUUCCUCUAACCUGACCCUUCUUUGGAAUGGAGCCCGCCUCCCGGAAUUCAAAAUAGGAAGAGGCCUUAGACAAGGCGACCCUCUCUCCCCGUAUCUUUUUGUUCUUUGUAUGGAACGCCUAUCAGUUACUAUUCAGAAUCAAGUGGAUAUAGGGAGUUGGAAGCCUUUGCGUAUAUCUCAGAAUGGCCCCCCUAUCUCCCAUCUUUUUUUCGCAGAUGACGUGCUCCUGUUCUGCAAAGCCACUCCAUCCCAGGUAAAUCUUCUUGCAGAUAUAAUGCAAUCUUUCUGUGCCAACUCUGGUUUGAAAAUAAAUGUCCAGAAAUCAAAAGCCAUAGCCUCCAAAGGUGUCCGGCGUGAGGUGAAAGAGGAAAUAGCUUCCAUUGCUCCAAUCCCAUUCGUGAAUGAUCUUGGUCGGUACCUGGGGUUUCCUUUGCAAGGGGGGAGAUCAAGGAAUGGCAGGUUCAAUUUCUUAUUAGAAAACAUUCAGAAAAAAUUGGCGUCUUGGAAGACAAAUAUGUUGAACAUGGCUGGUCGGGUUUGUUUGGUGAAGUCUGUGAUUUCAGCUAUCCCCACAUACUGCAUGCAAGCAUUUUGGCUUCCUAGAGGGCUCUUAAAUCAGAUCAACAAGACCAUGAGAUCGUUCAUUUGGUCGAAGGGCUCAGGUAGACCAGGUUGGCAUUUGAUUGGUUGGAACAAACUGGUUGAUCACAAGGAGAGAGGCGGUUUGGGUGUUCGGGACAUGGCAAUAGCAAACACAGCGUUGUUAGGUAAAGCUGUGUGGAGUAUCAUGCAUCACCCUCACAAACUCUGGGUCCAGGCUCUUGCUAACAAAUAUUUGACAGCAUCCUCAAUUUUACAUGCCCCUCACCGUACCUCCGACUCACCUGUUUGGAGAGGUAUUCUUAGGGCAAGAGACAAAAUUCAGAAUGGCUUUCGGUUUCGUCUUGGGAGCGGCGACACAUCCGUUUGGUAUGCGGAUUGGAGCGGGUUAGGUGCCCUAGCCCACCAGCUUCCUUUCGUUAAUAUUGCAGACACCAGGUUGAGUCUUCGAGACCUGAUUCAAGGCAACCAGUGGAAUUUUCAACGGGCCUAUACGGAGAUGCCUCCCAUCUUCAGAGAUAAAUUGAACCUGAUUGCUCUAGUGCUUCGAGGGGGGAGAUCUGACCUUUGGAUUUGGGAUGGAAAUCCGACAGGGUGCUACACCACUAGGGGCGCAUAUGCCUGGCUCCAUGCCCAGGAUCAUCCGCAGGCCCCAACAGGGAUGUGGAACUGGAUUUGGAAGCUUGCAGUCCCUGAGAAAUUGCGUUUUUUUAUCUGGAUUAUCUGUCAUGAAUCUUUGCAGGUUAAUACGUAUCGUUUCAGAUGCAAUUUGAGCCAAGACUCGCGGUGCACCCGAUGCUCAGGAGGGGAAGAAACGAUCCUUCAUUGCAUGAGGGAUUGCCCUCAUUCGAGGGAAAUCUGGCUUCGUUUGGGAAUCCUGUCCAGAGAUGAUUUUCUGCAGCAAGAUCCCAGAAGAUGGGUCACUAAACUAGCUCGAAGCAGCAUCGGAGUUCAAUUUGUGGUGGUGUUGUGGGGCAUUUGGAGAUGGAGAAACAACAUGUUGUUUGAACCUUCUCCUUGGACACUGCAGGAGGCUUGGCGUCGCAUCUGCCAUGACUAUGAUGAAAUUAUCCAUUUCCAGGAUCCCCUCAAUGUUGAGAACGGGAACCAACGUAUGAGUGAUAGUUGGAAGCCUCCGCCAACGGGAACGGUGAAACUGAACGUUGAUGGAAGCUUUGGUGGAGAACCUCAUCGCAUGGGUGGCGGUGGUGUGUUCCGUGACAGCAAGGGAACAUGGAUGGGUGGCUUCAUCUCCUUUGAAACCGGCGGUAACCCGCUCCUGGCGGAAGCUACGGCGCUCCGUGAUGGAUUGGAGUGUGGGUGGCAGCGUGGCUUCAGGAACCUCAUAUGCGAGGUUGAUUGUCAAGAGUUGAUCUCAUCCCUUGGCGAUCAAGAGAGGACCCGGUUCAUGCCAGUGCUUCAGGACAUCAACAAUUGGCUUCUUAGAGACUGGAUUGUGGUGCUGCAACCUGUUAACAGGAUUGCCAACAGGGUGGCAGACCGUCUGGCUCGUUUGGGUGCGCAAAGUUUGCAACCUGGUGUCCAUGUAUGGGACAAUCCUCAGCUGGAGAUUAUGACUCUUAUGCUGAGUGAUUAUGCUUUUAUUCCUUAG